AGUAGAUGUGUGUUUUCUUUUUACAAUUACAAUAUAUUCGUUAUGCUAGUAAACACUGGGUAAUUGGUGCAAUGUUGACUGUACAUCUGAAAUGAGUCAUUUAGCAAUUUUGCUGUCUGAAUUAGUUUCAAAAGUGUUUUGUCACCACAAGACUCGGUGAGAACAUGCACAUUGUGGAGAAAAGGUGAAAGAGCAGGGGAAAUGUGAUGUUCCAAUGGCUGACCGGUUGCGUCACUGACUCUUCAGCCAUGAUCCUGCUGGGCCCCACUUUGUGCCUUCCCUCGCAGGCCACCGUCCAGGAACUCUUCGUGGUGGCCCGUGACGCCAACGCGGUCCCGAACAUCUCGCUGGACCCGGUCCUAGGGUCCUUCCUGUCUCUGGACUCGUCGGCCGCACUGCAGCACCAGUACACCUCGCUGCAGAGAAGCUUGAGUGAGGGGCAGAGAGCGGCGUUGGGCCUCCGCCUCAACCGAGAGCUGCCGGGCGGCAGGGUCACGCUCGGGGGCGUCGGUGUGGUCGCACUGGCUUUGUCCUUGCUGUUGGAUCAUGUCGCCCAACAGGUUAGAGGCAACAUUUCAGUGGAGGCUGGCCAAUCGCCCUUGACUAGCCCGCCGAAAAAGAUUUUUGGCAUUGCAGUCACUUCACGAAUCGGCCGUAUUGCGCACAACUACCUGAGCCUGAUCCCUGGUCUGGCCAACGACCAGGAACUGAUGGCCGAGACUACGGAGAUCUACGACAAUUGGCUGAAUCUGGAAAUGUUGGACCAUUAUCACAGGAUGACCAAGAAGAAGAGGAUGAGUUCUGUGUCCAUGCAGCAGUGGCUGACCGGAGCUGCGUUUCAUCUUCACAUGAGGAUACACCAGGUUCGUCUUCAUUCGGUGCCGACUGGGUCGGCAGAGUCUCUUCGUUUGUCCUACAAGACGGCGUUAAACCAUCUGCUGCAGGGUUACACUGUCUACCUCCACAGGAAUAUUCAGGAGACCGCAGCAUCACUAGCAGAGCAUCAUGGUAACGGGACCUGCUCCAGUGAGCUCUCCUUUAACAUCAGCCAAGCGAAGACUCUCGACCAGACAAGCCACGACGGCAUUUGUCGAAGCCACAAAGAGGGCCUGCUGGUCAUCGAGCCGGGCCGAAACGUCAGUCACGGCGUGUGGCAUCACCCCUGCGAGUCUCCGGCCAUCCAGCAAGCUCUGGUGACGCGCAUCAUAAACGCGCAAGACCUGGAGCACAGCAGAAGCUUUUUCCUGCACCCCAAAAAAGUCUUCCAACGACUGCUCACACAAGAGGAUGCUUUUGAGCUCAGCGCAGACUAGACGGGUCUGGAACCGCUUAAGUGGGAGCAAACCCCGUUUUUGUUACCAUACACAUACAACAAUGUGAGGUAAAACAGAUUUAUGUAUUUCAUUUUUAGUCAUCGUCGCAUGUGUUGUGUUGUGUGUGUCAAUAUGUAAAGUAUAAAAGGAAAACAAAAUGUUGACUAUUUUGGGGAAA